UUUGGUCCUGCCUUAGUGCACUCGAUGGUGUUUAGUUGCAGUUAGUAGAUGCGCCGAAAUACAGUGAUCGCAAUGUUGCUUAGAAAUCCAAAAUCUGGUUUUCAAAAAAGGAAAGAGAAAAGAGAGAGUGAAAGACAAGGGAAGGGAUGCCAAUCAGUAACCUAGUUUUUCACCACUAAAGCAGACUUAACAACAGAUGAGUCAGCAGCACCCCAGUCUCCCCAUAACUGUCCCCCUCCCUGUCCCAGUGAAGAAGUACUGCCAUCACAUUUUAGCUGACCAAAGAUCUUUUAAAGAAGAGGAACCAGACUGAUCUGGUGCAGAGAUUGUCAGACAUGAGCUCAGGAACCAAAGAGAAACACCGUGUGGAUGAACAGGGGCCUUCGCUGAUCCAGAGAGUGGAAACGAUGGCGUCUGUUAUAGAGCUGCUUCUGGAAAUGCUGGCAGAUUUGAGUGACAGGGAGUUUCAGCUGUUCAAGGAUUUCCUGCUUCAAACAAACUUCCACAGACACUUCUUAGACAUCCCACAGAAGUUGCUCAUAAUGAGAGACCGUCAGGACACGGUGUUUUUAUUGGUGCAGCGCUAUGGCGAACAGUCUGUGGAGAAGACAAACAAGGUUUUAAAGAGGGUGAAGAGGACUGAUCUGGUGCAGAAGUUAUCAGACAGCAGCUCAGGACCCAAAAGAAAACCCUCUGUCGAUGAACGCAUGUCUGCACUGAUCCACAAAGUGGCAACGAUGACGGCUGUUAAACAGCUGCUUUUGGAAACACUCUCAUAUUUGAGCUACUGGGAGCUGAAGAAGUUCAAGUGGUUGCUGCGGUUUAGGUUCUUCCCGAGGAGCUUUCCAGACAUCUCAUGGAAAGUGAUGCUCAUGACAGACAGGAGAGGCGCAGUGGUGGAUAUGGUGAUGGAGAUGUGCGGUCAGCAGUCUGUGGAGGUGACCGAGGAGGUUUUCAUGGACAUGAACAGGACUGAUCUGGUGCAGAGGCUGUCAGAGACCAGCUCAGGACCUACAGCUGCAGGAUCAUCAGCUGAAGCAUUUGGUACCACAGAGAAAGAAAAUCACUCUGCAGAUGAACAUUGGCCUGCACUGAUCCAAGAAGUGGAAAUGAUGGCGUCUGUUAUAGAACUGCUCCUGGAAACGCUGGCUGUUUUGAGUGACGGGGAGUUUAGGAACAUCAAGAAAGUCCUCCUAAAACAAUUUCACUUGCGCAGACGUUUCCUAGACAUCUCAUUGAUGCAGCUGGAGACAAUAGACAUGCAGGUUGCAGUGUUUUUAAUGGUGCUGGUCUACGGCCAACAGUCUGUGGAGAAGACAAAGGAGGUUUUAAAGAGGAUAGAGAGGACUGAUCUGGUGCAGAGGUUGUCAGACGGCAGCUCAGGAUCCAAAAAGAAACCUUCUGCACUGAUCCAGACAGUCGCAACAAUAGCAGCUGUUGAACAGCUGCUUUUGGAAACCCUGAAUGAUUUGAGUAAUGAAGAACUCAGGAAAUUCAAGGAGUUCCUGCAGUGGAUUGUCUCCCAGGACCUCCCAUACAUCUCAUGGACGUUGAGACACACAGACAGAGCAGAAAUAGUGGAGUUGAUGGUGAAGAACUACGGCCAACAGUCUGUGGAGGUGACCAAGGAGGUUUUCAUGGACAUGAACAGGACUGAUCUGGUGGAGAGGUUGACAAAGCCCAGCUCAGGACUCAAAGAGAAACACUCUGUGGAUGAACAUCAACCUGCACCAUUCGAGAGAGCAGCUGUUAAACAGAUUCUUUUGGAAACCCUGGAGUAUUUGAGUCUUAUGAGCUCAAGAAAUUCAUGCGGAGCAAAGUGGACGGGGUAA